GCGUGUUUGGUGGGUGUGAGGCCCGGACCGCCUACAACGGGGAGAGAUUUGUGUUCUCAUGGCGAUGAAAUGGUUGCUUAAGUGAAAUCAGUUUUUCUGACCUGGCACUGUUUGAUUUUUCACAUUUAUAUGCCAUGGCGUUUGUUCUUCGUCGAUUCGGGAGAACCUUACCAUCGCUGGGGUCUGCCAGUUUGAGAGGUGCAAGAAGACAAGUUAUUGGUGACAAACAAUAUUGCUCUACUGGCAAUGAUGCUUCUGAAGAUAGUGAAAACAAAGCCAAGAUAAAAGCUAAAGCUGAAGAAAAAAGAAAAGCAGCUAAGCUCAAGCUCAAUGAUUUGCUUGAGUCCAUUCAGAAGACAUCAGCAGUGCCCAGUGACAAGGAUGGUGGCGUGUCCGGCCGACUGGCGCGACCAGGCCGCCAGCCGCGGCCCCGGCACGUGGUGGCACGGCCAGACCGGCCUGCCCCUGCCUCUGCUGCUUCUGCUGCUGCUCCCACGCAGCCUCCGCCAGUCAAACAGCUAACCCUGGACGAGGAGGUGGCGCAGGCGGCUCGCGACGUCGCCUCCUCGCUCGGCGGAGACACGGCGCGCACCGAGGCCGAGCUGCUGUUCAAGCUCAAUGGGGAGGACGGGGCGUCGGCCGACCGGCCGCAGCUCAGUGAGCUGAUGUCCGGUAUGAAGGUGGACCAGCGGCCGGCACCGGGCCGCUCGCAGCAGGUGCGUCACCUGGUGGGCGAGCGGCGCGCCGACGCUGUGGGCCGGGUCCGCCGCGAGCGGGCUGAGACGCCCGGCCAGCAGCGGCGCCGCCGGUGUCCGGAUUCUGAGGGAAUCCGUACACCGGAUGAUACAGAUACGGGCUUCUGA